CGUCUUCAUGCAACCAUGCCGGCCCCAAGCACCCCCAGUUGUGCGCACCCACGCAUUUGAGCUCUGCCCUCUUUUACCAUAUACAGCACUGCUCUUGCAUGUUUCCUGUUUGUGAGCUGUCAGUCCUGCAUAUGAUUCCACUUAUCUUUCCUGAUACAUAUCCAGAUAUCCGAACCAGGAAACUCUUGUUAGAAUAGAAUGUUCCGAAUUCCUCGCUUAAUUGUAACACGCACCAGUCCAUGCCGAUUUUCUGCCUUGUAUGCAAACGAAAAAGAAGAACUUUUAGUCACUAAGAAUGUGUUUUACAAAUGUUCCAGUUUCAAAAAGGCUUGUUGGUGGCAUUGGGGAUGUUGCCCUUGUCUUGUUUUGUGAGAACAAGGCUGCGCUCAGACAUUCGAUUAGACAGUCAUUUACUGCAAAUCAAUGCUGAUCGAUGGAAAUUCUGUUGAAUGUACACCAUAUCCUCCAUUUCAAGUUACAAACGUGCUAUUCCAUCUGACUUCCGACUCUCUAACUGAGUUGUGGUGAAAGCGGACCUGACCUUUCUUCUCUUAGGUAUCUUUCAGAAAGCAAACUUCCUGCCAUUACAAUCCUCGAAGUGACGCAUUAUGGGCAAUCCAGCCACAGCACCACGAACACACUUGACCGUCGAGGCUGUACGCGAAAUUUUCAACUUGCGUCCACAACUCUCUCCGAAUGGGUUCCUUGAUGCCUCGAACCAUGACAACUGUCCUCGGGCUGUUGCGAAACGCUAUGGUGUCACUUCUAAGGUGGUUCGAGAUAUCUGGAACAGAAAAACAUGGGUGCAUGCAACACAAGAGCUCUGGACUCAGAAGGAGAAAUUGGUUCACUUGUUCGAGACUGCCUCACCAGAUCGUCGUUGCAAAAUUUUGAGCACUUUAGAUGGCGAGCAAAAGACUGCCUUUCAGGAAAUUUUGAGGACGACACGUAGGCGACCUGGGCGUCCAGUUGGUGCUAAGGACUUUGGACCUAGGAGUGAUAACAGGCUGAAAGCCCCGAAGCGGGAGCAACAAGAAUACUUCAACAAACAUGAAUGCGAUUCAAGUGCGGAGAACUCAAGUGUUGAAUCUUCGAUGACCAUGCAUGAUGAAGCUUCAAGUCUUGAUGACUCUUCAGAAGCCAGAAUUUCUAUUGGCGAGCUAUGUGCUUCUACACCAACUAGUUGUGGUACUGCUAGAAGGUGUUUUCCCAGCUUUGCAGAUGCCUUUAGGAUCAAAAUUGAUCCUGCGUGCUGAGUUCUUGAAAUGUGACAUUCCUUGCCUUUUUCUCUUGCCUUCACCCAUUGAUUUUAGCCUCUUUCUAAUAUACAAUUAGUUUUUCAGCAGUUCGGUCUCCCGCAAGUGAUGUUUGCUGACUGUAAAUUUUUGCCGUGGAAUUCGUGUGUGCUCGCGACGCUACCGACUCUUGAUUCUUUGGUGCGAUCUUGUACACAAUAUUAAAGCAAACUCACUGAUG